AUGUCCUUCGAGUGGACAUCACAACCGUUAUCCAUACAAUCGAUUGCCAGUCAAUAUACGUUACCAGUGGCUAUUCGAUCAGCGCCAGGUUUUCGUGGUUCGAAUCGUCCAGUUAUACUUUAUUCUAUCUCACGUAUCACAUUUGCUUUCGGACGUGCAUUGAGAACGAGUCAAUCAACAACAAAUGGCUAUACGAAAUAUACUCCUCUUGAUUCCGAAAUCAUUGCCAUACCUAUGAAAUAUCCCGGAUAUUUCGAAUGUUUAUCAUCAUCUCACAACGGACAACAACAGACGGGUGUUGUUCCUGACACAAAUGUCGAUUCAAUUGUCGAACGAAUGCAAGUUGAUCAUCGGUCUCAAGCAUUUUAUAUUGCAUCCGCAAUGCGUGUUUAUACACUUGAGCCUAAUGUUGACGGUCUGACGAAUCGUGUAUGGCAUCAAAUUGAACCUUAUCAAAUAAUAUUAAUCGAGAAAAUUGUUUCAAUUGAAUAUACUCCAACAGAAAACGAUGAUUUAACAGAUGAUGAUUAUGAAUUAUCAUGGUGGUUUUGUUUUAGUAAACAAGUUUUAAAUCGGACUGAAGAUGCAUUGCAAUGUGUGAUAAAUCCACAACAAACAUGUUAUAUUUCCUGUUCGUCAACAGAUGAAUUUAAUUUAAUACCUGUUGGUCAGCAGGGCUCGAGUAAUGUAAAUAAAUUACAAACAAUUAAAAAUCUGGUUGACAGAUUUCCCAUUCCGAUUGAUAUUAAAUUAGCUCAGCUGCCAGGCGCAUAUGCAUAUACAGAUUUCCUCGGUUGUUUACAAUUACUUGGUUCACGUUCUGAAGAUUUAGCUGUAUGUGCGUCACUAACAACAUCUAAUAUUGCUCUUAUUCCAAAAAAUACUCCGCUGAAAUUUGUUGUUUCACCAUUAUCGCCAUCAUCAGCGUCUCAAAUUCGUAAUGCUCUAUCGAGCUGCCAUAUUUUCACAAAAUCAUUCGAUAUGCAAAUUCGUCGUAUUAUUGCGUCAUCGAAUUAUAACAAUUCAUCACAUCGUUCUCGUUCACGAUACGCUAAAGCACAAUCAUCGUUCGAAGAGGCAUCAGAAAAAAUGGAACGAUCAAAUAGUGUUGAUCGAAGUGGAACUGUAAACAGAGAUCAAUCAACAACGGUAACUGACGAAGGUUAUCGUUCAAACACAUCAGCAUUUCAUAAACGCAAUAAUUAUCGAAACCAAAGAGCAACUAGCGCUAAUAUCGGCAGCAGUUCACAUACUGCUGUCAAAAACAAACACUCAUCAUCUCCACCACCGCCUCCAUUACCGAAAAAACCAGCGAACUUUCCUUUUCCAGCUGUAUCAUCUACUUCGGAUCAUGAAACUAGUUUAACCGAAGAUAUUGAUUCAGCAAAUGCUGCCGGCGCGAUUUUAAUGGAUACAAGCAAUGAACUAUUUUUAGCUUUAUCAUCCGAUAGUCGAUUUACAUAA